GACUCUUCAAUAUUCCUAUUUAAGAGAGCAUGCAUGGGCAUAUUUAUACCAGAUCUAUGAAACAGAUCAGAUGGAAGCGUUCAGUGAACAGUUACUAUCAUUCUUAAAUGGAAAAUAAGAACAAAUUAAAGAUAUGCUAGAAGAAGUAGUCAUGCAUAACGAGACGAAAAAUGGCGAACAUCUUUUUGAGAACGCCAAAGAUUUUCCAGCUAUAAUAGUUAUUACCUGCAUGUUGUCAUGCUUCAGCGUUGUCGGAACAACUGGAAAUGCUUUUGUUUUAUAUGUGUUCUCGAGGAAGAAAGACAAAAACACAUCUACUAUUUUCAUUCUUGCUCUUGCAUCUAUUGAUUUUGUUACUUGUUUAUUCUUGAUUCCAUUUACAAUUGUCGUGGAAUUUAUGUAUAAACGAAUUAACAGUGAUGUAAUGUGCAAGGUUUAUCAGUUCUUCAUUACAUCCCACGUGCCUUUUAGCGCCUUUAUUAUGGUUGCUAUUGCUUUUGAUAGAUACUUCUGCAUCUGCAGACCUUGGAUGAAAUUUCUUGACAUUCGAUUUGCAAAGCGGAUUAUCAUGUCUCUGCUGGCAUUCUCCCUAACGCUCGGAUUAAUAACAAGCCUGGCAUACGGUGUUUACCAUAGAAAACCUACUGUCUAUAAAAACAUCACAUCUGAGCAAGCUAAUAACUCAUCCCAAGCGAUUGGAUCAGAGUUUAAUUCAUCAAUAACCCUUCAAAUUGACAAUUUACAAGGCACGCAAAAUUGUUCCUCUGGAAAUAAAGGAACAGUUAUCAAGUACAAAAAGUGCCAAUUUAGCGAGGUCGCUGGAAAUAAUGAGUAUCUAAAUACCACCUUUAGCGAAACUGAUUUUGUUUUCACCGGGUUUUGCUAUCCAAAUGAAAUUAUUCUCAGCAAAGAAUUUAGGAGAGUUUACCAAACAGUUUACGCAUCCUUGUUCCUGAUUGCCUUUAUAACUGUUUUCAUUUUGUACGCUUUGAUAUACAGAUCUAUUCUAGUGAGGAGAUCAAAGAAAUUACAGUCGUCCUUAACUUAUAAAUAUUCAAAUGGAAAGAAGUCCGCCUUAUUUACCUGUAUGUUCCCUCGCCAAGAACAUGUUCCCGAACAGAUACAGAUGACUACUCCUAAUACAAAUUUAAACAAUCAACAGAAGGAAAGUAAAAUGACCGGCUCUGACUCCUCGCUUGAGCCAAUGUCUACAGCAACUUGUCAGACUUCGACACUUGGACAUUGUAACAUGGAGAAUCAGAUAGAAACUGAACAAAUUAUUAGAAAAGAAAGCAGUAAGAGUCUAACAUUUAACAACAAGAAUCUCUCAAACGAGAUUAUCAAAGAAGAAAGUGAAAAUAGUUCGUCUGCUGAUGGCGCAACAUCUAAAAUUAAAAUAACACCAAAUAAUUUGAAUUUACCUGAGACUGAUAAUAAAAAGACAAGAAAACGACGAAAACGAAAUAGGCGGUUCCUGAAAAGUCUAGGGAAAAAAGAUGACAAUACGAAAAAUAUUAAUAAGCGAAUAGUUGUUACAGACGUAGAAAAUGGUACAGUUGCUCAAAAGGAAAAUUUCAAGGUUACAACGUACAAUAUUUGCAGGAAAGACACGAGAAAAUCGGUCAGAGAAAAACAUAGACUUGCAAAUAUCAAAACCGCUGGAAUUCUUUUUAUAGUAACUAUCGUAUUCAUAAUUGCGUUUCUGCCUGCUUGGUUAAUGGCAACGAAAUUAAUUCCUCCGAAUAUGAUUGUGUUUUACACUUAUUUCAUUUAUAAUGUUGCAAAUCCUGUAAUAUAUGCAUUUUUCAAUCAAGCUUUUCAACAAGAAAUGAAGACAGUUCUCAAAUGUUCAGUAAAUGAACAUUAAUGUAAAAUAUUAAUUUGUAAAACAGUGCAGGAACUUUAGACGGCUACCUGGGAAACAUGUACUAUAUAUUGAUGAUCUGUGCACAAUUUUGUCUACGUUUUGUUCCAAAAACAUGCACAGGUGUCUCUACUCGUAUUUUGAAAGUAAUAUUACGGUAUGUUACAUAGAUGGAACUGUUUGGUACGUUUGGUAUAUGAUAUUGUUAUCAGACUGUUGGAGCAGAAUAAAGUACUGUAACUAAUCAUAGACCUGCUCAAAAUGAGUAUUUGUUUCAACUCUAGCUACUUCUGUAAAUUUUGAAUAUAAAUGGAAUCGGGCUAUAUCUUAUUAUGCAUGUAACAUUAAACCAUUAGAAGAGAACCAUUUAAUAUGCAUGUGUAUUUAUUUAGUCAAACAUCAAGUAACAAAGUCAGAGAAGUAUUUGUACUUAAUGUAAAUUGAAACUGGGUUGCAUUUAAAGACGUUAGGAAAAGAAACAAUCAAACAACAGAGAGAGUAUUACGUUUGCAACCAUUUUCUGUAAUUAAAUUUAUAUAUACAUGUACUUGAACUUUUAGCUGAUAUCACUUAAAGACUGGAAUAGGCGAUAUAGAUUUAAAAUGGCAGAAGAUGCAAAUGGCGCAUAGGUUCUGUUAUCUUUGGUUUUACUUCUUACGCAUUUGUAUCUAUACCCGAUAUAUUCCAGCAUAUAGAUAUAAAAUUCCUCAUAAUCCAGUCGUUAAUCUUUUCUGACCAAUUAUAAAGUUGUUCUUCCGAUUUCCUGGCAUAUCAAAUGAACAAUUCCCUUCUCAAAAAUGCCAUUGUAAUGUAUAGUAAAAUAUUUAAUCGUUUAUUUCUGUAUAAGUUCAAAUCAGUAUAGGAGAAGCUUUUCCUGAUUUAAAAAGUAAGUAAUUUUGUUUGUUUUCAUCAACAACAAUAAUUUUUAUAAACCAACACAAAGGUAAUUUUUUUAAUUACUGCUCAUAAAAUUCACUCCAUUUCAUAAACAAAAUCUAUCGAAUUUGACCAUUGAAAAAUACACAAGGUAUCCUUUGAUUAAAAAUAUAUAGCUCAGUCAAGAAAUUGUAAAAGUGAUUUUACAUCAAUGUAAUAUAAAGUCUGAUACUAAACUGGCAUAGUCGGUAGGGAGGUAACUCAUGCUGUAGAGCCUGGAAUAAUAUUGUACAUGUAUAUGAAUCGUACAUAUGACGUAUUUUCCUAUCGAUUUUUUUUUUCGGAACAUAUUUUCCUGUAUCUUUUACUUAUUUCAUAUUAAUCAGUUAUAAUACAUGUGAAGUAUUAUUCAAUAUGCCAUGAAGUAUGUCAUAAGGAAAAUCUUAGGACAAUUGCAACAUACUAUAUUGUAAUGUAUGAUUUGUAUAUUGGUGCGUUAUAUAUACCGCUGCUUUUAUGUAUAACACAAAACAUUCAAAGUAAACGUAAUGAAGGAAAUAUGAAACAUAGACUGCAAAGUUAAGUAAUGAUGACUUAUGUUAAACCAUAGCAACAGGAGUAUAUGCCAGUUAUCGAGUUGCGUCUGUACAUUUAUUAGAGUAAAUUAAUUA